UCCAAGAAGGAUGCUGUGUAGUAGGUGAAGGAUGAGGAGGAGGAGGAGGUGCAACUCGCUACGUCAGUGAGCAUCACAGCGAGAGGACCUUUGCGCUUCAAGUACUCGAGGUGAAUCCCUUCAUCUGCAAAAGCGCAUCCUGAAACCCCAACAACCAAAAGGUUCUUGUGUUCGGGUACUUGCUGCUCUGAGUCCUCCAGCAGCGGCGAAGGUGCUGGCCGUGGUGCUGAAAUCACCCACAUGUCCCUGGCUCCUUCUUGAUCCUCACAUUCUCUGCAGAUUCUAAAACAGAAACUCCACAUCCAACAUGGACGACGACGGACGCUAUCGAGACAGCCGCUCGGACUUUAUCCGCGGUGCCAAAGACAUUGCCAAAGUUGCCAAGAAGCAAGUCGGUAAGAAGGUUGGGCGAGGAGUGGACAAAAUGGCCGACGAGUACACCAGGCGCUCCUAUAAGCGGUUUGAGGAAGAGGAUGAUGACGAUGACUAUGCCGGGGCGCCAGGUAACGACGGCGGAUAUUACCGCAACGACAGCCGGGCCAAUGAUGAUGAGGGCCACAGCGACUCCACCGAGGGACACGACGAGGAUGACGAAAUCUACGAGGGGGAGUACCAAGGAAUUCCCAGAGCUGACUCGGUAAAGACCAGCGGCAUGGACGGGAUGACAGCCACGCCUCAGGCGCAACAGUUCAGGGACAUGGCAGCGUACGAGGGCGAGCGGCGGAAAGAUCAGGAGGAGUUGGCUCAGCAGUACGAGACCAUCCUGCAGGAGUGUGGUCACGGGAAGUUCCAGUGGACUCUCUACUUUGUCUUGGGUCUGGCACUGAUGGCGGACGGUGUGGAGAUCUUCGUGGUUGGCUUCGUAUUGCCCAGUGCGGAGAAAGAUAUGUGUCUAUCUGAGCCCAACAAAGGAAUGCUAGGUUUGAUCGUAUACUUGGGCAUGAUGGUUGGUGCCUUCGUGUGGGGCGGACUGGCUGACCGGAUUGGUCGACGGCAGACGCUGCUCAUCUCUCUCUCCAUCAACAGCGUAUUCGCCUUCUUCUCGUCGUUCGUCCAGGGAUACAGCUCUUUCCUCUUCUGCCGACUGGCCUCCGGUGUAGGCAUUGGCGGCUCCAUUCCCAUCGUCUUCUCCUAUUACUCCGAGUUCCUGGCCCAGGAGAAGCGAGGGGAACAUCUGAGCUGGCUCUGCAUGUUCUGGAUGAUCGGUGGCAUCUACGCCUCUGCCAUGGCCUGGGCCAUCAUCCCUCACUAUGGUUGGAGUUUCCAGAUGGGCUCGGCCUACCAGUUCCACAGCUGGCGAGUGUUUGUGUUGGUGUGUGCCUUCCCCUCUGUCGCGGCCAUCUCGGCGCUCACCACCAUGCCAGAGAGCCCACGCUUUUACCUGGAGAAUGGAAAACAUGACGAGGCCUGGAUGAUCCUGAAGCAGGUCCACGACACCAAUAUGAGGGCCAAAGGUUACCCCGAGAGGGUCUUCUCGGUGACCACCAUCAAAACGGUGAAGCAGAUGGAUGAGCUGGUGAAUUUGGGCGACGGCGCCGCCUGGCAUGAGAAGUGGAGGAUUAAGCUGACGUCACUGUUUCACCAGGUGUGGAGUAACUUCCAGACCGUGUUCUCGCCUCAGUACCGCCGCACCACCUACAUGAUGAUGGCCGUCUGGUUCUCCAUGUCCUUCAGCUACUACGGCCUGACGGUGUGGUUCCCGGACAUGAUCAAGUACCUGCAGAAACAGGAGUAUUCAUCUCGCACCAAGGUUUUUGUCAAGGAGAAAGUACAGCAUGUGACCUUUAACUUCACCCUGGAGAACCAGGUCCACCGCCAGGGCGAAUAUUUCAAUGACAAAUUCAUGAACUUGAAGAUGAAAUCCAUGGUGUUCGAGGACUCGCUGUUCGAGGAAUGCUACUUUGAGGACAUCACCUCCAGCAACACCUUCUUCAAGAACUGCACCUUCAUCGCCACACUUUUUUACAACACAGAUCUCUUCAAGUACCGCUUGAUCAACAGCAAGCUGAUCAACAGCACGUUCCUGCACAACAAAGAGGGCUGCCUGCUCAGUGACAUCAGCGAUGAAAACAAUGCCUACAUGGUCUACUUCGUCAGCUUCCUGGGCACUUUGGCGGUGUUGCCGGGGAACAUCGUCUCCGCGCUGCUCAUGGACAAGAUCGGACGCCUAAGAAUGCUCGCGGGCUCCAGUGUGAUCUCCUGCGUCAGCUGCUUCUUCCUGUCCUUCGGAAAUAGCGAGUCAGCCAUGAUUGCUCUGCUGUGUCUGUUUGGAGGAAUCAGCAUCGCGUCCUGGAACGCCUUGGACGUGCUGACCGUCGAGCUCUACCCUUCAGACAAGAGGACCACAGCAUUUGGAUUUCUCAACGCACUCUGUAAACUAGCAGCUGUAUUGGGUAUAAGUAUUUUCACCUCCUUCGUCGGCAUCACCAAGGCUGUUCCAAUCCUCUUUGCCUCGGGGGCGCUAGCAGCCGGCAGCUUUCUGGCCCUCAAACUACCAGAAACUCGAGGUCAGGUGCUACAAUAACAUGGAGUCGACGUCCAAGGGGCAGAGGAUUUGUUUUCGCCACACUGUGACUGAACAGCUCAAGAGUACUCCAAAUUCUGCCCUUUAACCCAAAUGGUUAGAAUUUGGCUUCAGUGGGUGAUUUGGUUUUAGUGAAUUGGUUUAAAUGUGAUCUUUCAUUUAGCAGGGGAAUAAGUCAAAUAAAUGUAGAUAUUAUAAUACAAUAAUAUGUACAGAGUUGGUGUUAGAGGUCAGAGGUUGAAGGCUCUUGGCGGGUUGACACUGAUAGACAUAACGUCGACUCAGCAUUGUUGCAAAGUUCUCUGUAGUCACCAUCAUCUGUCUGACAAAAACCAACCCAUGAAAAUGCAACAUCCUCCGCCUUUAUUUGUAGCAUUUUUGACUUUGAAGAGUAAAAACAACACAUUACUCUCCGCCACAUUGGAAACGUACUGCCAUUUUGUGAUUAUUGAACAUUCCAGGUUUACUUUUCUUACUUCUGUACUACUACUGAGCCCCUUAAAAAGUAACCCCGAGAUGUUAAAUUGUUGAACAUUAAGCACAAAUAUUUAAGUGUGAAAACUUUUAUUUAAAAAAAAAACACAUUUUGAAUUUCACACAUUCUUCAUUCAUUGUCUCCCUUUGUUUGUAAGAAAGCAUUUCAGGUGUACAUUGUAUUUCAGAGAAGGAUAUGCAUGUUAAAAAGUGUGUGUUAUUAACAUUAUCAGAUUUUCAAAUCUUGGAGAACAGUCCAUGAAUGAGGUGGAAUAUCAAAUAACUUCAUCCGUAUGUUAAGGAAUUCAACUGCAUGACUUUGAUGGCAAAAUGAAAGGCACAUGUUGAAGAAGGACAAACUAUAAUCUAAAUAGUGUAAAUUGAGUGUGUACAUAAAGUGUGAUUCUUUGUGCAAUAUUGGACUCAGUGCAAUAUUGUUUUUCAUUUUCAAUCAUCUUUUAUUUUCCUCCACAUUUAUUUUUGUUGGUAUGGGCACAUUAAAUAAUAGGAUAUCACACUGUAAUGCACUCUUGAGAUUCACUACAGAGAACUCACUGCCAAGGGCUGAUGGUCGUAUUGACAGCACAGAACGUGGCUCCCCGGUUGUUUCACAUUAGGCACAAUCAGUAAGGAAAUAGAGUCCAAACUGCCAUGUAGUAGGAUAGCAGCCAUAUGUAGACUCUAGACAGUUGAAUACGCAGACAGCCCGUUGCACUAAAUGUACACUGAGUGAGUACAUGCACAGGGAAACGCCUUGAGUCCUUCUGGAAACACAAAGGUGAGCCCGUAGCACAAAGACAAAUCACCAAAUUCGUGGAUUUUAAACCAAAACCAUCCACCAUGGAACGAAUCCGCCCAUCUCAUGUCACCUGCGCCAUCGCUGUCCUUCCACGAUUCACAUUUGUGUGCCAUUGGACUCAUUCAUUGCCAAAACAUUUGGAUAGUUUACACGUCAUGAACAUGUUAUAGCUAUGAAAAUAUGAUGUACAUACAAAUGCUAUUAUGUAACUAAGAAACCCUUGUUAUUGCUGAAAAUACACUACUGCAGUCUGGUUUGCAGGCUGAGGUCAUGUGAUCACUUUCGGCUUAGAAAACUUUUUUUUUCUUCAAAUAUAUGUAAGCACAUUUAAAAUGGGAAAAUGCACAUUAGUUGUAUAGAUAUGAAGUCAGCGGUCCAAUUCUCUGUAUGUUGUCGACUAAAUUAAAAUCAAAGGAUGUCAAGAUAGCUGUUGUACUUGUUCAAUACGGAGUACUGUUCAAACAUGCCUCAGUGACUCAUAAGGGACCCGCCCUUGAAGAAGACUGCCCCUUGUGGUCACGAAUCUAAACCUAUGUUACAGGGUCCAUUUAUAUUUGUGAGAUUAACGUGUCGCGACACGUUAAUUGUGAGUGCAAAAACUUAAAGAAGCAAUAAGUGUUUGUCUUUGAACUUAUAAGGAAUUGGAACUCACGGAUAUUUGCUGGCCUACCGACAAGUGUUGGCGUAAAGACAAAGGACUUCACAGCUAGCAUUCAUGUGUACUUCUUUUGAAAAAAAGGAAAACAAAAAAAACAACCGUAAGGCUUUUGUCAAUAAGAUUGCGUUGCCGAUUACUAAAUGUAACAAUGAAUUUAUCACAUUUGUCAUUGUACUGUGCUGUAGAAAGUGUAGUUGUUUGUAAGUAUAGAAACUGUUUGUGGAAUCAUAACUCUCUAUAUGAAAUAAUCUAAUCAAAAAAAGUAUAAAUGGAAGAUGCUGUCCGUUGUCUUUGAGUUUGUGUAUUUUGUAAAUGGGAAUGAAGUAGAAAAAAAAACACAUCAAUGUUAAAUACUGGUUAUAAAUCAUAGCUAGAUUAAAUGUGACAACUUAAAUUCCCUUUGAAGGUGUGUGAGGUUAUUCUUUUUUUUUCUCAUUGUUCAUAUUUUGGAUUGGAUUUGCACUUUGAC